AGGUAAUUAGCAGUGAUUAUUCAAAUACAGCAGUACACUACAAAUUCUAUACAAAGGCAGGAGAGCCGUGCCUGAUACAUACAAAGAAAAGAAUAGAAAAGAAAAUUCUAGGCCGUAAGUUUUUUUAACACAUUAUCUCUCGAUUCUCGUUCUCUUCUUCAAACUGCGUGUUUUAUCCAUGCCUGAGAUUAUAGGACCCAAUGCAUCCUUUACAAGAAAAGAGCGCCCAUGGCGACAGCGGCCAUGAGAGGAGCAACGGUCUUCAAUGGAGCGGCGGCACCGGUGUAUGGAGUGAGGGAAGUGGUGCUGGAGGGGGUGCCUGGCAUGGUACCGCUUGGCCGGGAGACGGUGGAUGGCUGCUGGACUGGGACUGUGGAUGGCUGCUGGACUGGGACUGUGGAUGGCUGCUGGACUGGGACUGUGACGCUGGAUGUUGGUGGAGUGACGAGGUAGUAGCAUCCGUCGACCAACUGACAACUCUGACCGGCAGGAUAGGCGUGAGCAGGGUUACAAGAAUAGCGGCCGUUCUUAUCGGUGCUGCCUGGCGCGGGGCACGAAGGAGUGGCGGAUGGAGCGGAGACUGGGAUAGUGUUGGUGACAACACAGCCGCCAGCGCAUGGAAGGGUCAAGGUGGUGGCCGAGGUAAUAAUGUAUGUUGAUGGUCCGUGGGUGAAAGUGGUUGGCUCAGGGCAGUAGGUGGUCACCUCGGUGACGACCUUGGUGGUGUACGAUGGCUUGGGCUUGACGAUGAUCGGAGUGGUGGUCACAUUGGUGACGACCGUGGUGGUGUACGAUGGCUUGGGCUUGACGAUGAUCGGAGUGGUGGUCACAUUGGUGACGACCGUGGUGGUGUACGAUGGCAUGGGCUUGACGAUGAUCGGAGUGGUGUACUGUGGUGGCGAGGAGGUCACUGGCUUGGUGGCGGUGCAGCCACCCUUGCAUGGGAGGGUAAUAGUUGUAGCCUUAGUGACAGUGUAGGUCGUUUGCUGGUGGGUGAAAGUCGUUGGCUGAGGGCAGUACGUGGUGUAUGCGGUCUGCACCUCCGUAGUGUAGACAUCACCGCCAACGAGGAAAUAGCAGCCCUCAACCAAUGCGCAUGUUUGUCCCUUAGGAUACGCAUGAGCCGGGUUACAGCUGUAUCGGCCCUUAGAGUCGGUGCUGCCUGCGGCUGGGCACGAGGUGGUCGGGGUUGGGGAAGAUGCUGGCUUGGUGGCGGAAGCAGUGGAGGUGAGGUUUGCAGUGGCCGAAGCGCAGUAGCUGCGAAUGCGUUCAGCGUCCUCGCCAGCGCAGGUGGUCAGGUCGCAAGAGCACUUGACCUGUGGCUGACCAGCAGCAAUGCACUGCUUGUAUGCCGCCUGGCACUUGUCGACGUAAGCCGAAGUGGUUGGGGCGCUGGAAGUGCCAGUGGUUGUGACCAAGGUGAGCGAGCCAGAGAUUGUAGCACAAAUUUGGCCAGGGGGAUACUGAUGCGCAGGAUUACAGGCGAAUGUAGUAGUUGGCGCUGGAGCAGAGGUCGUAGUGACCAAGGUGAGCGAGCCAGAGACUGUAGCGCAAAUUUGGCCAGGGGGAUACUGAUGCGCAGGAUUACAGGCGAAUGUAGUAGUUGGCGCUGGAGCAGAGGUCGUAGUCACCAAAGUAAGCGAGCCAGAGACUGUAGCGCAAAUUUGGCCAGGGGGAUACUGAUGCGCAGGAUUACAGGCGAAUGUAGCGGUUGGCGUUGGAGCAGAGGUAGUGGUGACCAAGGUGAGCGAGCCAGAGACUGUAGCGCAAAUUUGGCCAGGGGGAUACUGAUGCGCAGGAUUACAGGCGAAUGUAGCGGUUGGCGUUGGAGCAGAGGUAGUGGUGACCAAGGUGAGCGAGCCAGAGACUGUAGCGCAAAUUUGGCCAGGAGGAUACUGAUGCGCAGGAUUACAGGCGAAUGUAGUGGUUGAUGGAGGGGGUGCAUCGUAGUAGGCCGGAGCCUCCGAGGCAGCGACAAGGCCAACGAGGGCAGCGAAAGUGGCCGACUUCAUGUUAGUCGAUAUGAGUGUUGGGUAACGAUUGACGAG